AUGAAUGAGACUCAUGCUAAAGCUAUGCUUGGCUUGACAGUGGAAAAGCUACUUGAUCUGAAAAAAAUCAUGCAAGAGCUUUAUAACAAGAAGAUUCAGAGUCUUAUUUAUCAAGCAAUCUGGAAGAGCAAGUCUAACUGUAAGAAUAUUUAUGGGGUGCUUGUGUGA